CGCUGUGAUGUCACAGCCCUGAGCAGGAGGGGUUCCUGGCACUCUGUCACAGAGCCUGGGGCCGGCCAGUCCCUCUCGCAGCCCAGCGGACAGCGCAGCGCCCAGCUCAGAACCCACCCCUCUCCUCUGCUCUGCUCUGGGCCGGACCGGUGCUGACCCGUCCACGAUGGGCCGCGGAUGGCUCUGUGUCCUCACCCCCCUGGCUGGGCUGCUGGGUCCUGUGGUUGGACAAGAAAACUGCCAAUCGUGCUAUCACCUAGCCUCUGGCACCAUCGUGGGCAUCAUCGUGGGCGACAUCAUCCUCACCCUCCUCAUCGCCCUCUCCGUCUUCUGCUUCGUCUCUCGCAUGAAGAAGAACCACCUGGAAGCCCUGCAAGCAACCAAGGGAAACAUAUCAAUGUCAGCGAGUAGAAAAGUGAAGGACGACGCAGAAUCAACAUAUCAGGAUCUGCAGGGCGUCAGGAACGACAUCUACAGUGACCUCAGACGUGUGGACAAAUAGGAAUGUCCACGAGGCAGAGCCGUGUGCAGACGCAAGAGACCAAGGAGCAAUUAUGUUUGGUUCCCUGUAGCCCUGAGUUUGUUAAAACCUGCUGUUCUGGACAUUCUCCUCUCUUGCCCAGGAGGGGGAAAAACACUCCAGAGCCAUGAUCCUGAGAGAAUGUAGAGGCUUCUCAAAAACUCAUUUGGACUGAGUGGAUCUAGGAAUUAGUUCAAUGCUAUUCUAGCAGGUUAGAUAAUGCCAAAAAAUAAUGCCAAAGGAAGUUACAGGAAACUUCAAUGCAGUACAGAAAACAUUUUAAAGUUACAUGACAUU